AUGGCGGUUGUGGAGGUCGAAGAUAUCGAAGAGGUCGAAGAUGUCGAAGAUGCCGAAGAUGCCGAAGAUGUCGAAAGUGUCGAAGAUGUCGAAGAUGUCGAAAAGUCAUCAUUUCCAAAAAGGAAAAGUGGAACUCUGAUCUGCGUCGCUGGAUCCAGUCGGGGAAAGCGGGAUCAACAGGCAUACUUUCCUUAUCAGAUCCACCCGGCUGUACUGACAACCCAAACCAUGUCGUCGACCGUUACUCUUCCCACAGCCGUUUCCGCGCCAGGCAAAGUCCUUCUCGCAGGCGGAUACCUCGUCCUAGAUCGCGAAUACACCGGUCUGGUGUUUGGCCUUAGCGCCCGCAUUCACGUCGUGGUCCAGGAUAUCGUGACGGGCUCGGGCGUCGAGCUCGCGAAGAUUGUAGUGCAGAGUCCGCAGUUCCGGGAGGCCACAUGGGAUUAUGGCUAUCGUCUAGUCGGAGAUCAGUGUGGGGUUGAAGUUACCCAGUUGCAAGGCAACUCCUCAAUCCCCCUCUCCCGCAACCCCUUCGUUGAGACCGCCCUCGUCUACGCUCUAACAUACAUCUCGACGCUCCUCCCAAACGCAACCCUUAGACCCACCAAUAUCACCAUCCUCGCCGACAAUGACUACUACUCCAAUACAUCCAACUCAACUCUCCCUUCCUCCCCCUUCACUGACUUCGCUGUCCGCCUCCAAGAUGCCCACAAAACCGGUCUCGGUUCCUCCGCCGCUCUCGUGACAGCCUUCACCGGCGCCCUCCUCACCCACUAUAUUCCCUCCUUCACCCUUUCCAUCCCCUCCAGCCGCUCCAAACUUCACAAUCUCGCCCAGGCCGCCCACUGCGCUGCCCAAGGCAAAGUUGGCUCCGGCUUCGACGUCGCAGCCGCCGUUUACGGAACCUGCAUCUACCGCCGCUUUUCACCCUCCAUCCUCUCCUCCCUUGGCGAGCCCAAGUCUCCGGGCUUCGCAACCCGUCUUCAAAACAUCGUCGACGACACCGGCCCCCAGAAAUGGGACACGGAGAUCUCCAAGAACGGCGUCGCGAUCCCCCCGGGCAUGGCCCUCGUGAUGUGCGACGUCGACUGCGGCUCCCAAACCGUGUCCAUGGUCAAGAAGGUCCUGGAGUGGCGGACAUCGCAGCCCGCCGACGCCAAGAUGCUGUGGGAUGAUCUGCAAGGCUGCAAUGAUCUGUUAGCGGAGCAGCUGGGCAAGGGCUGUGUGAUCGAGCUCCAGGAGGAUUUUGUGGCCAUCAGAGCGCUGAUCAAGGAUAUGAGUCUGGCGAGCGGGGUACCGAUUGAGCCGGACGAGCAGACGGAGCUGCUGAAUGCUGUUACGAAGGCCGUCGGGGGGGUGAUUGGGGGUGUGGUGCCUGGUGCGGGGGGGUAUGAUGCGAUUGUGUUGUUGGUGCGUGAUGACGAGGCAACGAUAGGGGAACUGACGGCGUUCUUGGAGCGGUGGAAAGUGCAGGGAAAGGGGAAUGUGAAGCUAUUGAAAGCGAAGGGGGAGUUGGAGGGGGCGAGAGAGGAGGAUGCAAAGUCGUAUGGGACGUUCUAG